CGCGGCUGAGCCAGUAGCUGCCAGAGGCUUCUAGAAACAACGUGCACCGGGACAGUCACCGGCAAACCCACCACUUCUCUGCAACUCAACGUUACACAUUAAAAACUUGUCUAAAAUGGCCAAAUGGGGAGAAGGAGACCCUCGUUGGAUCGUAGAGGAGAGAGCCGACGCGACUAAUGUCAACAACUGGCACUGGACUGAACGAGAUGCAACAAACUGGUCGUCAGACAAAUUGAAAGCGUUGAUCCUCGGGCUGAGCGUGCAGAAUGAUGAGGGCAGUUGUGAGGUGACAGAAGUCAGCAAGCUGGAAGGAGAGGCCUCGAUUAACAACCGCAAAGGGAAACUUAUUUUCUUUUAUGAAUGGAGCCUGAAAGCUACCUGGACUGGCGAGUCAAAAGCAGGAGUCAAAUAUAAAGGAACACUUGAAGUUCCAAACCUUUCUGACGAGAACGACAUGGAGGAUCUUGAUAUUUCUGUAUCGUUGAAUAAAGAUGAACCUGAAACACCACUGACCAACCUGAUGAAAACAAAAGGAGCUGACAAAGUCCGCGAGGCCCUUGGAAGCUACGUUGGGUUCUUAAAAACAGAGUUCACACAGGGAAUGAUCCUGCCGACAGCCAAUGGUGUGGCCAAGCUGCAGUCCACAUCGCAGUCCAAAGCCAAGCUGAAUAAAACUCAGAUUUCCUCCUCAGGCAGCACAGCUGCUCCAAUCAACACUGGCGUCAAGAUCCCUACCUGUAAAUUCAGCAUGAAGGAGAAGUUCCUCACCUCCCCAGCUGAUCUCUACAGGGUCUUCCUCCACCAGGAGAUGGUGCAGGCGUUCACACAUGCUCCAGCGAUGGUGGAUGGAGAGAGGGGCGGAAAGUUCCGCCUGCUAGACGGGAAUGUUUUUGGCGAAUUCACAGAGCUGGUACCUGAUGAGAAAAUAGUUAUGAAGUGGCGGUAUAACAACUGGCCCAGUGAGCAUUACGCGACGAUCUCGAUGACUUUCUUGGACCGGAGCAGCGAGACAGAGCUGAAGGUGGAGUGUCGAGGCGUCCCCGACAACGAGGAGGAGCGGACGAAAGAGGGCUGGAAGAGAUACUACUUCGAAGCUAUUAAACAGACUUUUGGCUACGGAGCGCGACUCUUCUGAAGAUGGUUUACUGUAGUUCACUGGUUUGUCUCCGUUUCGACAUUUUUAAACUUCUUGUCCUUCUUGUUCGACCUCUCUGGCACAAGAUGUAAACUCAUAGCACGAGUUAACGAAAGAGACAAGGAGGUCAGGCCAUUCUGUCCCGUCUGUGUAGAUGUUUUUAAUUUUUCAACAUAUUUAAAUCUAGAUUUCUCCCUGUCAGUAUUCUGGUCAGUUGUUCAAAGGAGCGUAAAUGGACUGUGCCUUUGGGACUCUGGAUGGAUAAUGGAUUGAUUAAAACAAAGAAGAAACCAUUGAACCGCUAAUGCAAAUUGGCUCUCACUUCUAUAAAUAUGUAAUUACUGUAAGAGUUAAAAUAAAUGUUUGGUUUUCUUCUAUUUGAAAAAAAAAAUGUUGCUUUGAUUUUUUUUUUAUUUUUUACUUUUAAUCUUUUCAAGUGUAACUGUAGUGAAGAUGCAUGUUUCAUUUCAAACUGCCAGACGGAGGAAUGACGACUGGAUCUGAACUUUACUUGUGAAGUCUGUCACCUAGAGCUAAUUACUUUAAGUCGAUUCAUUGAGACUUCAUGCUCUUUAUGAGCCCUGCGUCUGUCUCGGACCUUCAGCAGAAAAACGUUAGCGCAAAUGUUUCAGUGUUGGAACAUGAAAACAGUUUCAAUUCCUAAUGCAGCUAGCUAGUGUAGCAACUCAAGGGAGAUGUUUUGCUGUAUUUGGCUUCAAAAAUGUACAUUUUGAGUAAAGUUUUCAAGAAAAAAAUGCAUCUAUUUAUUAAUUUCAAUCCCUCACGAUGUAAAAAAGAUUAGGUUCUUGGAAUAAACCAAUCCAUGUAUGCUCUUGAUUUGUUUUUAUUUAUGUGAGCACAUCUUUUAACUUCACAUUAAAUCACAGAACUUGAAAUGAAA